AUGACGGAGGAAAUUCGGGAGUUAGCCGCCAGGUCGUGGCCACUGGAAGAUGACGAGGCAAUGCGCAGGCGCCUGGAUAAUUACCUUUCGAUCAUCAGAAGUGACUCAAAGAGGAACAGAUGGGGGCAAGUCCUGCUGACAGAAGGAACUGAGGAGGCUAUCAGGGAUAUGUACAUUCACCUGGAGUUCAGAGCGGGGAUAGCAGAGCGGGCUAUGGACGCUGCUGCUCAAGAGGUACAUCGGCUGAACAAAGAGCUACAAGGCCUAGUUGAGCAGGUAGCACUACACCAAGAUCUCACCAAGCGCCUUGACAAGCUAGGAGAGUACGUCGAGAAUAGUGAGCGACCGCGGGACCAUCCAACUGCAGCGGUCGGCACGAACGCGCCGUCUGGUUUCACCAAUAUCUCUAAGUCUGAUGAUCCCCAGUCCAUACUUGAUCUACAAUCGCGAAUUCAUGAAGUGAAUGCACAACGCGAUGAGUUCAAGAGGUGCCUGGAGGAAGAGCGCAAGGAAGCAAACCGAUGGCGAGACGAAUACGAAGCGGCACGUUCAAGAGCUCUAAAAAGCGAUCAAGAAGCCCAAAAUGCCAGGUUACAAGCAGAUCAGGGAAGCACUUUGGACCAAGAGAAAUUUGAUAAGCUGAAUGAGAGACUUGCAGCCUUGCAGCUAGAAGCCGACCAGGCGAGAAACGCUGCCAUUUCCCAAGAGAAUGAAUGGCAGAGGGUGAAACACGAGCUAGAAGCACAGUUAAGCGCCCAGGAAGCGGAGACAUCCACUGUACUACGGCGACACGAAGAGCUCGAAAGGGAAGCCCAAACAGCCCACGCGAAGUACACUAAGUCUCAAGAUAACGCCAGGUCGCUGUUCGACCAGAUACAGGAUUUGAAGGGAAACCUGCGAGUCAUGUGUCGCAUUCGCCCGCAGUUAGACGCGAGUGACGACGAGUUGGAAAACCUUAUCACCUCAGAAGGAACCAACAGUUGCCAUCUUCAGGUCAUCAACAUGGCGAAGAGGAAUGCUAGGAAUGCGACAGAGGUGGACGAGUUUCAAAUGGAACGCAUUUUUGACAAGGACGAGACUAACAAGCAGAUAUUCGACGAAGUGGCCCAGCUAGUCGGAUCUGCGAUUAAUGGUCGUAACGUCUGUAUUUUUGCCUAUGGACAAACCGGUUCAGGAAAGUCUCAUACCAUGACUUACCCUUGGAAUGAGAAAGCCCUGCCGGAUGGCGAAGUGGACCUUGGAAUUAUCCCGCGAGCUGUUGACAUGAUCUCUAAUUCAAUGAAAGAGCGCCAAGAUAUGUGGAAGUUCAGUGUCAGCGGGAAGUAUAUCGAGAUCUACGCUGAGAAGGUAUACGAUCUACUUAGAGACAGCGCAAAGAAUGCUCCUGAUGUCCCCUUAAGGUACGGCAAGGAGACUAAGAACGGAAAGCCUAUCGAAUUCUAUGAGUCUGAUAGUAUUUCCCUCGAUUUGACCAAGAACGGCAACUUUGAAGGCGAGAUAAAGUGGAUGUUGGAACGUGCAAAUGGGAAUCGCCGCGUACGAGCGACCGCAGCCAACACCUCAUCGUCUCGGAGCCACUCAGUACUCAGUUUGAGGAUUAUCGGAGAUCGUAUCGAUGGCAAGCCUGGCCGGACGGACGGAACCCUCAACCUCAUUGAUCUGGCUGGCUCGGAGAAGCCAAGCACGACAGACCGCGAAAGUCAGAAGGAGGGUAUCCAGAUCAACCAGUCGUUGAGCACACUUCGGAAGGUUCUCGCGGAGAUGGCUUCUCCCAGAGCAACCCGUUUCAGUUUCAAAGAAUCUACUCUGACCAAGCUGCUUCAAUCAUCACUCGGGGAUGGUUGCAUCACACUCAUGUUCGUCAUGGUUAGCCCUCUUCGUAAGGAUCGCGACGAGACUCGCAAUACGCUUGAGUUCGCAAUGCAGGCGCAGAAAGUCAAACUGCGGCAACCGGUGGAAGCAACAGCUGCUCCAAGGCGGAAAGUUAUGUAG